AAGCAUAAACACAGAAAGGGUGGAGUGGGAGACUUACUCUCAGCUGAACACUGAAAUCAUGGCUCAGAUAAGUAUAAGUGAUCCAACACCCUGCGACAAGAUCCCAAGUCCAUCUCUGCAGAGAAAAAUUCAGUCAAUGUCAAAACUUCCUCCAGACUACAGUGGUCUCCAAAAGAUGCCUCCAGCCAAACAGUAUAUGACAUCUCAACCAAAGGGAUUCACAACACAAAUUCGACCACCCAGCAUGGUAAAGCAGACUCAUGUGCCAGCUCGUCAACUACCCAGCGUGGUAAAGCAAACCCAUGUGCCAGCUCGUCAACUACCCAGCGUGGUAAAGCAAACCCAUGUGCCAGCUCGUCAACUACCCAGCGUGGUAAAGCAAAUCCAUGUGCCAGCUCGUCCACUACCCAGCGUGGUAAAGCAAAUCCAUGUGCCAGCUCGUCCACUACCCAGCGUGGUAAAGCAAAUCCAUGUGCCAGCUCGUCAACUACCCAGCGUGGUAAAGCAGAAACGUGUGCCAGGCCGUCAAUGAUCUUGACUCAUCUGUCAAAUAAAUACUUGUAGGACACAGCUUUGUGCAUGCAGUCUGUACAUAUGAAUAUACACACAAUGGUUUAUUUGAUUAGAAAUGUAUUUUUUUUACUCCCAUUUUCUUUCAUUCAUUUUUUUUGUAACAUUAUCAAUGCAUUUUUAAAAACUCUUUCAUAAAAUGUUUGUUUUUCCAUUGUGAUUUUUUUUAAAUUUCUUUUGUCAUUGUAUUUUCUGAACCUUCUUGGUGAUGCAGAAUGUUUCUUACAACAAACUGUAUACAAAUCAGAAAGAAUGCUUUUGUUGGAUGGUGUUUUGUUUUUGUGGCAAUUAUAUGCGGGAAAAAUCUACAAUGAGAUAGAAAUGGAUGUUAAAAAGUCUUUCGUCUGUUGUAAAUCAACAAUAACAAGUUUUUUAAAUGUGUACACAACAGGAUAUACAACAUCAAUUUGUACAGCUUCACACAAAACAUUAAUGCUGAAAUACAGAUAUUAUUUGUAAUACCAGAUGAUUCAGUUCAAAUAAAAUACAGUUUAUUAUUGUAUUCAA